AUGUAUUGUAAAACCGUUUGGAAAAAAUUACAAUCGUACGUAAAAUCUUUUCAGCCAAAAGAUGAUGAUGUCGACGAUAUACUGAAAAAUCUGAGGAAAGAGAUAAUUUAUCAGAGAAAAGUUCUUCAUCCGGGCAAACUUCUGCGUUUACGACAGUGGCGACACCGUUUCUUGGCGUCAUUAACUUCAUCGGGCAAAGCUGCAAUCAUAUUCGGCCUAUUCACGAGUCUAGUCAUCUUAAUUAGCAUUCUUACUGUUUGUUAUACAUCACCGAAACCACCAGGCAAAACAUGCAAAUAUAGUAUCAAAUCCGAAGGUCAGUAUCUCAUCAACGCUGAUUCCCAUCCAACGUCAAUUGCAAUUGGCGAUUUUAAUCAUGACGAUUUAGUUGAUGCUGUAGUUUCCAAUUCCGGCUCGGAUACAAUUGGAAUUUUUCUCCGACAAGCUGGUGGUACCUUUACGAAUCAAAUCACAUACUCAACUGGUCCACAUUCUAAGCCAUCUUCAGUAACAGUUGCCGAUUUCAAUCAAGAUCAUCNAAUAAUCUGUUCCAUAUCCAACGAUCGCAAUACUUUAUUCACCAAACGAUAUAGAAAACUAUCUUUAGUAUACCAUUUAAUUGCUGUCUCAGGUAUAUAA